GUCGGACAGACUGCGCAUGUCAAGGUUUGGCUAGGCAGACACGUUACAACAAGGAAGGAAAAUUUAAUAGUUUAAAACAUGAAUAGACAAAGACAUGGUGGUAGAGACAGACGUCCUAACUAUGGAGCAGGUGAUGGACUCCUUGGGGAAGGACCAGGUUUUGGUAAUGCAAUGUAUGAACCUAUGGUCAACAGUCAAAUGAACCAGCUGAUGCUUGCUCAACAGUUACUGCAUCAACAAGCAGCUCUAGGUGGUGCUGGAGGUUUUGGUGGAGGAGGUGGUGAGCUAGGAGCAAUAGGGGCCUUAGCUGGAGCCAUGGGAAAUAUGCAGUUUCUACAGCAACAGCAAGGAAUGGGUUAUGGAGGAGGUAUGGGAGGCAACAUGGGAGGCAUGAGGAAUGAUAGGAAACGUGUAGGAGGACAGGGCAGAGAUUUAGACUUCAAAAGAAGACGCAGAGAUUCUACUGGGAGAGGUGGUGAUCGGGAUAGGUCUCGAGGCCGCGACAGCAACAGGAGCGGUGAGGGUCGAGAUAGAAAUCAUUCUAGUCGUUGGGAUUCAGACAAAGAUAGGAAUAGGGGUAGGGGAGAGGACUAUGAUCCAGCUGAGCCUACAGAAGAUGAGGAGGUAAAAGACAAGGACAGCAACUUGUAUUGUCAUGUAUGCAAUGUAUCUGUAUAUGAUGAUGAAAGCUUUCGUCGUCACCUAAAUGGGACCAAACAUAAUCAGCGCAUGAAUAGUGUAUUGACAGUGCAUCAGAUGAAGAGCAAUCAGCUGAAGAGUAGACUGAAAGCAGAGGAGCAUCUACGAAAAAUAGAAGGGAAGAGAGGAGGAAGUUAUGACCCUAACUACUUCUGCAAGAUUUGCAACAAUAGUUUGACAAUUCCAUGGGAAAGACACAGAUUUUCAAACAUUCAUAAGCAAAGACAGCUUCAAGUGAAGAGAGGUUGUGGGUGGUGCAAUGUUCAUGACUUCACCAACUUCACUGAAGUUCUGGAGCACAGGGAGACAGAAGAGCACAAGAAGAAUGCUGAGCAAUAUGGCAAGAAAAAAGAUGAGAAAGAACGUGGCAGAUCUAGGAGUAGAAGCAGAGACCGGAGAGGAGAGAAGCACAGAAAGAGGAGCACGUCCCGUGACAGGUCUAGGAAGGAGAAAGAGAGAAAGCUCAAGGAGAAAGAGAAAAAAAAGAAAGAAGAAGAUGAAGAGGAUUUAACAAUACCAGAAUACAAUGCUGAAACUUGUGUGGGAUUAUCUUACAUUAUUCCUGUGACUGGAUUCUUCUGUAAAUUAUGCCAUAAAUUUUAUAACAAUGAAAAGUCUGCAAAAGGAGCCCAUUGUCAAAGUGAAACACAUUAUGAAAAGUUCAAGUUGGCCACUGAAGCAAAAAUAGCUGCUCGUGAAAAGAGAAGGGCUGAAGAAGCUGCUGCAGAGGCUGAGAAAAAAGCCAAUGAGGAAGCUCUGAAGGAAAGUGGGGGAGAUGCUGUUGAACAGGAAUUAAAAGAAGAAAUAGAUGGUGAUAAAGAUUUAAAUAAAGAUGAUGAUGACGAAGAUUAUGACGAUGAGCUUCCAUUGGAAGAUGAGGAUGAUGAUGGUGGUUUAGUUAAAGAUGAUGACUUUGGGAUGUUGGAUGAUGAUGAGCCAAGCUCCACCAGCCACAAUGCUACCACAGGUGACUCUCUCCUUGAGGACACAAAUGCUAAUUCCAGUUUUGUCUACAUGUCUGGAGAACUAGCUGAAGCACACCUGGAACUUCAAAAACAGGAACAAUCUAGCACCCAAGCACCAGCAACCACAGAAGUAACAAGUGAUGAUGAUGAACAGUUAAAGGAGUCUGAGGAACCAGCUAAGGUAGAUGAGGAUCCAUGCAUGGAUCUAUCUGGUGAAGGGGAGGAGAAAGAAGAGGAAAGUGUAACUGCUAAUACAGAGGAGGAUGUUAGUCAAUUGACUUCCACACCUGUUGAGACUACCAAGCCUGCUGGUAAAGGUAGAGGGGGUGGCACUGCCAGGAGAGGCCGUGGACGUGGUAAAGCUAAGAAAUAGAUUGGGGCGCUUCAUAAAUUAUAUCAUUUUUUAUACACUAGUUGACUGCAGACACCUGUUCAAAACUUACUCUAUAAAACACAAAGAAUAUUAUGUGGAUAAUGCCUUCAGGUAUUGCAGAGCACAAACAAAUUUAUGUAUUAUCUACUUUAAUACUUGCUUUAGUAAUGAAUUCAUUUUUUUUGUGCAAAUUUUUUUUAAACAUUGUAAAUGUUUUCUUUAGGUGGUUAUAAACUUUUUUCAAGUGAUCUUUUUAAAGGUGUGUUGUAUUUUAUGUUCUUGAUAAUCAAUGUUCAGAAAUAGGCUAUUGUUAAGUUUUAAACUUUAAUAAAUGAAUUCUAGCCCUAAUAUCAGAUGACACUUGAACAUGGUUUAUUUGAAAUCAAAAUUUAACCCUGUUAAUAGAUGAUUCACUGUAAAUAUUUCAUAGCUCAUAUCAAAUGUUUAUACAUUUGUUUACUUAAGUACUUCACUUCAAUUUUAUCCAUUUUGUUGGACUCUACCCACUGCUUUGUUUUAAUUUUCACUUGUAAGCUUUGAUACCAUUAGUUGAUGUUGAUAGAGCAGAUACAGCCAUUAGUCAGGGGAGGAUGUGUGGGAUCGUUAUGUUUAGCUUUUUCCACCCCUUUUGUUUACAUUCAUUGUUUCUGAUUAACUUUUUAAUUAAGGCACAUUGUUUUUAAUUUAAAAAAUAUUUUUUAAUUUAACAGCUACUGAAUUUGAAAUUUUAUAAAUUAUUCAGCUUCUACUUAUUUUAUCCUUGAUGUGCAUGUUUUAAGCAGUAUUCCAUUUUUUAUAUUUGGUUAAAUAACUAGGAAAGGUUGGUGUAAUUUAUUUUAAAACAAUGUAUAGAAUUGCUUAGUAAACUUUGUUGUUGUUACUUAAGUAAAUGAUGCACAUAAAGUGUAAGAUGGGAGUUAACAGUUCUCCCAGUCCAGUGGCACUGUCCAGUAUUAGAUUUUAUACUUUGUUCAUUUACUUUCUAAUUAAAAUAUUCUAAAAUAGCUCUACAAAAUUUUGUUACUUUGUGACAAUAAAUCUUUUGUACAAAAAAAAAAUUGACUUCUAUAGAAUUUCUGAAUGUAAAAUUUCACUUGAGGUUUAUUUACCCUUAGAGCUGGUGUUAGAUA